AUUAGACAAACCGUUUGCUUCCAGGCUCUAUGCGCGUAGGUGGAGAACACAAAACACUUCAAAAUGUACCUGCAUAGGUGAGACGCACAAGUACAAGAAGCGAUAACUUUCAUGUUACAAGAUCUUUAUUUUAGUUUGGAAAAACACUCCUGCCAGGCAGAUCGCCCUCCGAUGCAAUUAACCGAGAAAGACGACUUAGUGAAUGACUCCACGCCGACCGCUGCAACCCUCAAGUCGGACAGAAGCGCCGGGUCUCCGGCCAAAAUGUGCAGCGAAUGCUACGUGAAUCAGUCAUUUGUGAACGACGAUGGAACCGUGAGCGCCCAUAAACUACGCUCUUCCCCAGCACCACUUCAGACUAAUAGCAGCCGCAGCAGUGGCGUUAUCCUAGAUAUCUCCUCGUUGAAGAUGGAGCAGUUGGAGAGCGAAGUUCCUCCGCUACCGCCCCGUUUUCGUUUUAGAGACCUGCUGCUCGGGGACCAAAACUUCCAGAAUGAUGACAGGGUGCAGGUCGAGUUUUACGUAAAUGAAAACACCUUCAAGGAGCGUCUGAAGCUUUUCUUCAUUAAAAACCAAAGAUCAAGCCUUAGGAUUCGUGUGUUUAACUUCUGCCUGAAGCUGCUAACCUGUCUGCUGUACAUCAUCCGAGUGAUGACAGACAGACCUGGUCAGGGCACCAGUGGCAGCCACAGCUCGGUGCAACAAAGCACUCCAAAUGGCAACAACAAAUGUGUCGACUGCCAGUGGAAUGGAUCAGUGCAGGACAGAGAAAUUAACUGGGACUUGAUCUUCUGGGUGGAGAGGAAGGCUCCAGUCUGGGCCAUUCAAGUGAUUGUGGCCAUCAUUAGUUUCCUGGAGACUAUGUUGCUCAUGUAUCUGAGCUACAAGGGGAAUAUUUGGGAACAGAUAUUUCAAGUUUCCUUUCUUCUGGAGAUGAUCAACACAGUUCCCUUCAUAAUUACGAUCUUCUGGCCUUCAAUAAAGGACAUUUUCAUUCCUGUGUUUCUCAACUGCUGGCUAGCUAAAUGUGCAUUGGAGAACAUGAUUAAUGAUGUCCACAGAGCAAUCCAGAGAACAAAUUCAGCCAUGUUCAACCAGGUCAUAAUUCUCAUCUGCACCCUGCUGUGCCUCGUCUUUACUGGCACAUGUGGAAUUCAGCACCUGGAGCGAGCGGGCCAGAACCUCUCCCUCUUUAAUUCCUUCUACUUCUGCAUCGUCACCUUCUCCACUGUCGGCUUUGGAGAUGUGACACCGCGCAUAUGGCCCUCCCAGCUGCUCGUAGUCAUCAUGAUCUGUGUGGCUCUGGUGGUGCUUCCUCUUCAGUUUGAGGAGCUGAUCUACCUGUGGAUGGAGAGGCAGAAGUCUGGAGGGAACUACAGCCGCCACAGAGCUCAGACGGAAAAACAUGUAGUUUUGUGUGUCAGUACACUCAAAAUAGACCUGCUCAUGGACUUUCUCAAUGAAUUCUACGCACACCCCAGAUUGCAGGAUUACUAUGUGGUGAUCCUAUGCCCGAGUGAAAUGGACCUUCAGGUGCGAAGAGUCCUGCAGAUUCCCCUGUGGUCUCAGAGAGUCAUCUAUUUGCAAGGGUCUGUUCUCAAAGACCAGGAUCUACUCAGAGCAAAAAUGGAUGACGCAGAGGCUUGUUUCAUUCUGAGCAGUCGUAAUGAGGUUGAUCGAAUGGCUGCGGACCACCAGACCAUCCUGAGAGCUUGGGCUGUGAAAGACUUUGCUCCAAACUGUCCUCUAUAUGUCCAGAUACUCAAACCUGAAAAUAAGUUUCAUGUUAAAUUUGCAGAUCAGGUUGUGUGCGAGGAGGAGUUCAAGUACGCCAUGUUGGCUCUCAACUGUGUGUGCCCCGCCACUUCCACCUUGGUCACGCUCCUAGUUCACACCUCCCGCGGACGAGAAGGACAGCAGUCUCCGGAGCAGUGGCAGAGGAUGUACGGAUGUUGCUCUGGCAACGAGGUCUACCACAUCCGACUGUGCGACAGCAAGUUCUUUGGAGAGUAUAAUGGCAAAAGCUUUACGUACGCCUCCUUUCAUGCUCACAAGAAGUAUGGAGUAUGUCUCAUCGGCAUAAAGAGGGACGACAACAAGAGCAUCCUGCUGAACCCUGGUCCACACCACAUCAUGGCUGCCACAGAUACCUGCUACUACAUCAACAUUACCAAAGAGGAGAACUCAGCCUUCAUCUUCAAAGAGGAGGAGAGGAAGGGCCGUCCUACUGGAGGAAUCUUUGAUGGGCCCUCACAGCUUCCUGUGCACAGCAUCAUUGCAAGCAUGGGUACCGUUGCCAUGGAUCUUCAGAAUACAAGUCCACCCAACGUUUCUGGGGGCAAACUGGUCCCGCCUACUGUAAAUGGGACAGGCAGCCGCCGACCCAGCAUUGCUCCAGUUCAAGAAAUUGCUGACUCUGCCUCGAUCCUGCCAUGUGACCUCCUAGGUGACCAGUCAGAAGAUGACACUGUCUUUACAGACGAAAAGGGACGCUCGUCCACUGAGUAUGUGAAAGGUUAUCCUCCUAACUCUCCAUACAUUGGGAGCUCGCCCACCUUAUGCCAUCUGUUGGCUGAAAAAGCACCAUUUUGCUGCCUACGACUAGACCAGGGCUGCAUGCACAACAGCUUUGAGGAUGCUAAGGCUUAUGGCUUCAAGAACAAGCUCAUCAUUGUUUCAGCUGAGACUGCAGGAAAUGGUCUCUAUAACUUUAUAGUGCCUCUCAGAGCUUAUUACAGACCUAGGAAGGAGCUGAACCCCAUUGUCUUGCUGCUGGAUAACCCUCCUGAUAAUCACUUCCUGGAAGCCAUUUGUUGUUUCCCAAUGGUGUACUACAUGUCUGGGUCCAUAGACAAUCUGGACAGCCUGCUCCAGUGUGGUAUUAUUUAUGCUGAUAACUUGGUGGUGGUCGAUAAAGAGAGUACAAUGAGUGCAGAGGAGGACUACAUGGCCGACGCCAAAACUAUUGUCAAUGUACAAACUAUGUUCAGGCUGUUUCCAAGUCUAAGUAUUAUCACAGAGCUUACACAUCCAUCCAACAUGAGGUUCAUGCAGUUUAGAGCAAAGGACUGCUAUUCGCUGGCUCUUUCCAAGCUUGAGAAGAAAGAGCGAGACAAAGGCUCCAACUUGGCCUUUAUGUUUCGCCUACCCUUCGCCGCAGGCAGAGUGUUCAGUAUCAGCAUGUUGGACACCCUCCUCUAUCAGUCUUUUGUAAAGGACUACAUGAUUCUUAUUGCUAGACUGCUGCUGGGACUGGACACCACUCCUGGAUCAGGAUUCCUAUGUGCUGUGAGUCACAUACAAUGCCUUGCAAAGAUGAAAAUAACAGAGGAGGAUCUUUGGAUCGGUACCUACGGGAGACUGUUCCAAAAACUUUGCUCCUCCAGUGCUGAAAUUCCCAUUGGCCUCUAUCGCACAGAGUCUCACAUUUUCACCACUUCAGAGUCUCAGGUCUCGAUGAGUGUUGACGACUGCGAAGACACAAAAGACAGAGGGGACGAGUCUCGCAGCAAUGACCAGUCGGAUUACCCCAUGCUGAGGAAGAAGAGUAUGCAAUGGGCACGGCGUCUCAGUAAGAAAAGCGUGAGGUGGCAGGGGGGCAGCCGGGACUUGAGUAAAGACCAUGCCCAGCGCAUAGCUCAGCAGCGGCUCAACCUCUACAGACGCUCUGAGAGGGAAGAGCUGUCCGAGUUGGUCCGUAACCGCAUGAGGCAUCUGGGCCUCCCCACGUCAGGAUACGAUGAUCUGACAAAUCUGACAGCCAGUGAUGUCAUGAAUAGAGUCAAUUUGGGAUACUUACAAGAUGAGCAGAAUGACCACCAGAACACUUUGUCUUAUGUCCUCAUUAACCCUUCUCAUGAUACCAGGCUGGAGAUCAAUGAUAUUGUAUAUUUGAUUCGUUCUGACCCUCUGGCUCAUGUUCCUGAGGUGCGUCCUGUCCACAGCGGCAGCCUGAAAGAGAGACGCGAGUCCAGCUUGGACACCAGAGAGGACAUCCCACUUUGACACAACGCUGGUCUUUAACUGAUUCUCCCGGAUCAGUCCCCUCACAGUUUGGGUCUGAAGACGAUGAUUUGGGUUGUAGUUCUUUCAGUGCUCAAGCCCACAAAUGUAUAAUGUGAGUGCCUACUAUCUGUCUGAUCAUAUUGGAUAUCAUGUAUUCCAUUUUCAUCUUCUUGCUGCCAAUGCUGUACAUACGAAUACUGCAUCAGUCUCUUUUCAGCUCUUUGAAUAUUCAGAGAUUUCAGGGAGGCUCAUUCUACUUGCUGUUGUUUAGAAUUAAAGUGAAUUUCUUAGAUUUGUAUCUAUAGUUUACCUAAUACUUACAUUUACAUUAAUUUUACUUUAAUCUGAGGUUCAUAUAUUUGGUAAUCCACAAGUUACAGGCUUUAACCAACUUUUUAAAUCUCUUUUCCAUUGUGGAAAACAAGGAGUAUAACAGACGGAUGAUUAACCUUUCAUGGUUCACACAUUUGAUUGUUUACAAGUCUGCUAAAAUUGUACAGCUACAAUCAAACAUAUAUAUUUGUAGCUAAAUCGUAGAGGUAGUUCAUCAGUGCCAUUAAAGUAUAGGUUAGUUGUUUAUGUGCAAAUAAUGGUGGUUAUUUAUAUGUUCAUCAGAGCAGAUCAUGUCUUUGGUUUUAGCUCCAAAAGGACUCUGUGCUAAUUAUUCAGCAUGAUGCCAUACAGAUUUGGUUUGUUUUUGGUUCUACUUAGGCAUGGACCAGUGAUUGGUGUCAAAGUAUACUAAGGUUUUAGAUUUUUCAUCACAUAGCUCCUAAGGUUCAAAAGUCCAUUUAAUGAGAGGCCAAAUAAAAUGCAGGAAACACUGGUGAUUUAUCCAGGUGUAUAAAGCCUCUAGUGCAUUGAAAAGCUGUUUUAAGUUAUGAUUUUAUUGAUGGGGGGGCUGUCCAAGUCAGCCUGGCUCUAUCUGGCUGUACCACCCUUGGCAUCUUUUUUUUUAUGUCAUUUGUUGCCAUCAAUGUGUCUUUUUGAACACUGUGGAGGGAUUUUGGCUCACUAUUCUUUGCAGAUUUGUUUUAAUUCAGCCACAAUGGUCACAAACUGAUGACAUUCUCCAUCAGGGUUAUUUUAUAGACAACAUCGUUUUUUAUCAACAAUGGCAGGUUGCUCAGGUCUGUAAGCAGAAAAGCAACUGCAGACCAUCUCACUACAAACACCACGUUUGACUGUUAUGAUAUUCUUUUGCUGAAAUGCUGUAUUAGUUUUGGCUUUGUCUCGUCAGUCCACAAAAUAUUUUCAAAGAAAUCUUGGGAGACAAUAAAGACAUUUUUGGCAAAUAUGUGACAUGCAACUUUGUGUUCUUUUUGAUCAGUAGUUGUUUUAACCUUGGAACUCUGCCAUGAAUGAUAUUUUUGCCUACUCUCUUUCUGCCAGUUGAAUACUGAACACUGACUUUGAGGCAAAUGAGGCCUGCAGAGCAUUAGUAGUUGUCAUGUGUACUUUUGUGACCUUCCAGAUGAGUUUUUGCUUUUAUAGUAAUUUUGGUUGGUGGGCCACUCCUGGGAAGGUUCCCAACUGUUUCAUUUGGUCUCCACUUGUGGUUAUUGGCCCUCACUGGGGUUUCAUGAAGUCCCAAAGCCUUAUAAAUUGCAUUGUAACUCUUUCUAGACUAACAAAUGUCAAUUACUUUGUUCCUGUAUUUAUUUGAAUUGGGGCAUAAUAUUUUGCUGUUUGAGAGCUUUUUUUAGCCUACUUCAUGUUGUUAGACAGGUUCCACAUGUUAGGCAAUUAACAGGGUGGUGUUUGGCUAGUGAAAAUGAAGCAACAAAUGUUUUUUUUUAUAUUUGUAAUAAAUAUUAAAAUGUACUUGAUCUGAAACACUGUGAUGAUCGCCAAUCAGUUAUCUGAAAAGGAGGUUGCUACUCUUUUCCCACCUUGUAGGAGAAAAUAAAUCCACCAAUCACUCAAGUGGCAUGCAUAUGAAGCAGCUGGCUACCUGAGCAGAUAGCCUGACAGAUUAAUAUUAUUAAUAACCUCAACUUGUUAAGCAGAACUGGGAAAAAGCUGUAUUAAGCACUUAAAACUUUCACUAAAUUGUGUGGAUCUCUAUCAAAAUACUUUGCUGAAGUAUAUGUACGUGAAUAAAAUAAUUGACGAAAAACAUUAAUAUGACUGUAACAACCUAUAUGCUACAUUAUUUUAACCACAGCAGCAGAAAUAAUUACCACCUUUCUGUUGGGUUUCUGUUGAGUAGGAAUGAAAGGAGCUGGAUGGUUUAAAUUUUGUUGUUUAAAUACAGUGACCCUGAUUAGCAGACAGUGAGAAUCUCACACCAGUCCAUGCCUAUUUUCACAAUAUCAGGAAUCAGAGAACAUCGUGUCACUUUGAAAACUGCUCUAUGAAAGCGUUGCUUAUUUACAUAAGUUGUGAUUGUUUGAGCAAGGUGUUUAUCACUUAUGACUUUUUGCAUUUACUGUAGGUCUGACUUGGAACCAAUUUCAGUGUUGACUAUAUUUGUACUUGAGCAUAGUUUUAUGUGCACAUUAAAGUGCUCUAAAAUAC